CCGAAGACAGGACCAAACGAGUCAGACUGGAUACUGGUGACGGCCCACCUCGCAGUCUUCCCCCUCUGUUUCCUCGACCUGGACUUCCGGAGCCUGUGGGAUCGUCCUUCUCACCAUAUGAUCAACCAUCUCCUGGAGCAAGUUAUAUGUCUGUAAACUCUGCACCUUCACCUCUUACCCCAGGUUCUUCUAGUGCUCAUGCAUCGCCCGGAUUGAGGAGGCUUUCUGUGAACUAUCUACUUUCAGGUCCUGCUGGAGACCAUGCUAGUCCUAGAUCAUCCUAUGAUAGAUUCGGUGGCUAUCGCAAAGUCGAGGAUGGCUGUACAAUCUAUGGAUACGAUUAUGGGCUACCAGACCUGGACAUACCUAAGAAUGAUGACAACGGUGCUAUCAACCCACAGACACCUGCGGCAUCCAUGCAAUCGCCUAGUUUGUCUGAUGCUGCAUGGUCACCAUCACAACUCUAUGAGUCGCCAUUGGAGAAGCCUGCCUUUGAGAGAGGUGGAUAUUAUGCUCGUCCUGUACCGAUACGAAUACCUUUGGAGCUCGAACCUUUACCCGCUCAACUCUCCGACAGUCCGAUGAACUUGAUAUACUUCCAUCACUUUUUGAACCACACCGCUCGUAUCUUGGUACCUCAUGAUUGCCCUGACAAUCCUUUAAAGUCCACACUCCCACGCAUCGCCGUACGCAAUCCAAAUCUACUGAAUCUCCUCCUCGCCUACUCAGCAUCCCACCGUGCCCGCCUCCUGUCUCAUCCAGAACCGGCAAAUCGCAUAGCAACCUGGCUCCGCGAUGUCUUCCCUUCCCUCCGCCACUCCCUCUCCUCAAACUCACCUAUUUCCAACGCCACCCUGACCACCGCAAUCAUGCUCGCCUCCCGCGAAUGCAUAAAUCCGGACAGCCUUGACGUUUCUAUCCCAUGGCAACAACACCUCAGCAUAGCACGCCAAAUCAUCAUUUCCAGAGGAGGCUUGAAAGACAAAGGCGACAAUGGAGAUCCAUUUGUCAAUUUCCUGGCUAGAUGGUUUGCAUAUCUCGAUGUCAUUGGCAGUUUGAGCGGAUUUAGGAAUGAAGCGCCAUUGGAUGAUUGCUACAUGUCUUUUGAUCACGACGACGACCAUUCCGACGACGCGUAUGGUUUCACCAUCGAUUGCUUUUUCGGGUUUACGAAUUGUUGCAUCAGUCUAUUAGCCCGUGUGGCCAGAUUGGCCAGACAAUGUGGCGCCCAACGUAUCGAUGAAGAAGGCAAUAUCGACAUUCAUUGGCAACCCGGGAGUGAGAUAUUAGAGCAGGCUGAGUCGUUGAAGGAGGAAUUGAGUCAUUCGCGCCAUCACAUUCAACGAGGAUGUCGACAUUCCAACACCGGCACUGAAGAAGAUCAAACACACUCCGAGCGCACUCGUCUGGAACUUCAAGAAAUGGUCUCGGUCAACGAAUCUUUCCAUCUCGCCGGCCUGAUACACCUCCACCGCCGCGUCUUCUGUCUUCCCUCUUCCUCGCCUGUGAUCCAGGAAAAUGUCAAACUGGUCUUGAAAGCGCUUUCCGGUGUUCGCAGAGGAGGUACCGCGGAAUCUUCCCUCUUGUUCCCCAUGUUUAGUGCUGGGUGUGAAGCUACGGAUCCAGCAGACAGAGAAGCCAUCUUGGAAAGGUUGAAAUUGGUGGAAGGGUUGGGAAUGACUUAUGUGAGGAAUGCACGGAAUCUCAUGGAGAAGAGUUGGGAGACGGGGAAAUCUUGGGAGGGUUUGGUGAAGGGGGAGUUUUUGGGGUAGAGAGAAAAAUAUGGCGAGAUGUGUACAUGUGUCUCUUCGAGCAUGUAGGAGAUGGCUGAGUGUGUUAGCUCUGAGUAUUAAGCAUUCUAAAAGCGAUGAAAGGUGUACUGGGUGACAAGAUCUCGCCGGCAUGUGGGAGCGAGAAUUGGUCCACAGAUCACCUCACCAAGGCAUCCCC